CUCUUGAGGGCCUCAUCUCCUCGACAACAACAGAUAACUAGGUCGGUGAUGAUCCCGCGGAGAGCACCGGCAGCGGCAGGGCGGAGCCCCUUUCCCACCGCUCAUCCGGCGGCGGAAGAGGAAGAGGAAGCCACUCUCGCCAUAUCGGAUCAGAGGAUUCUCUAUCUUGUGAACAUAUUCAUUGGUAACACCGCCCGCUUCCUCAACUCCUUCGCCUCGCUCUGCCAGGACAAGCUCGCCGACGUCCACAGGAGAAUAUUGAGGUUAGAUGCAAAUCUUACCCUUCUUGAAGCACAGCUACAGAGCACAUGUCCCGAUCAGGAGUUUAAGAAAGAGGCUAGCUUAGAAGCAACAACUUCGUCAAGUGAAACCAUUCCAUAAAUCAUAAGCAACAUGGAACUGACAUUAGUAUCUGAUGAAUAAUUUGAGUUGCUUAUUCUUUCUUGUAACUUAACAACGCUUAUCUCUGUCCUUCAGGUUGUCAUUUUGUAGGUAAGUUUAUCAAAGAUGUCAGGUGUAAUUGUUCAAGAAAUCUUUAGAGGAAUCACCAGAGUUCUUUCUCUGAAUUAGAGGGAAUAAGUUCGAUAAAACAAGUGUUGUUUGUAUCUCAUUGACUUUGUGUAUCCAGUGGUGUGUUUACUAUGUCUAUGCUUUCGGAACCGAAAUGCUUUGAAUAUACCGAAUCCUUGUGCAUGUAAUUCUGUUUGGUCCAUUCUCUCGUUCGUGGAAUUGUAGCAGUAACCUUACUGUAUGAAUUUACAUGUUUUCAUUAUGAA